CUAGAGCCGGGAUUCUGUUUUUCAGACAUGGAUGUCCUGACUCUGUCUCUCUGCUCAUUUCUGCUCUUCUACUUCAUUAUCACCAUAUGGAAAAUACAGAAGACACGGCUCAGGCUUCCCCCGGGACCGACCCCGCUGCCGUUUAUUGGUAAUCUGCUUCAAGUGAGCUUCGCGCUGUACCGAUUUUAUCCCAAGCUGGCCAAGCAGUAUGGACCCAUCUUCACUGUCUGGUUGGGUUCUAAACCAGUGGUUGUGCUUUGUGGAUAUACAGUUAUUAAAGAAGCCCUGAUCAACUACUCUCAUCAAUUCAGCGCCCGUGGACACUUAGCGGUGUCAGGGAGACUGGCACAAGGUUAUGGUAUUGUCACCACCAAUGGUGAACGAUGGCAGCAGGUUAGACGGUUUGCGGUGACAGCCCUUAGAAAUUUUGGAAUGGGGAAGCGAUCAAUGGAGGAGCGAGUGCAGGAGGAAUCCCGUCACCUAAUAAAGGCUAUAGAUGAUAUUGGAGGUGAAGCGUUCAAUCCUCUGGCAGUUGUCGGACGUGCAGUGAACAACGUGAUAAAUUUGGUGGUGUUCGGCCGGCGCUGGGACUACGAGGACGAGACCUUCCUGAAAUUUCUUUCCAUAGUUAACAAUCUGUUUACUUUCCUUCGAAGUCGUCUAGGAUUGGCAUACACUGCGUUUGACAGUCUAAUGAAGCAUCUUCCAGGUCCCCAUCAGAAGGUGUUUGCAGACUGCGAGCAUGUGAAAUCUUUCAUCAGGGAGGAAAUUGAAUCACACCGGAGAACCCUGGAUCCAGAGUCCCCCCGAGACUUCAUAGAUUGCUUCCUCAUCCAGGCCAACAAGGAGAAAGAUGUGAGAAGCAGCGAAUUGUGCCAAGAGAAUCUGCAGGCUUCCGUCUUCGAACUGUUCCUUGCUGGGACAGAAACGACAGCCAACAAUGUGCAAUUCAGCCUGUUGGUGAUGAUAAAACACCCGGACAUCCAAGAGAGGAUACAGGAGGAGAUAGACGCAGUCAUCGUGAUGGACAGACUGCCCUGCGUAGCUGACCGCUUCCAGAUGCCGUAUACCAAUGCCGUCAUUCAUGAGUUGAUGAGAUAUAUAGACAUUGUCCCAAUGGGGCUUGCUCGUAAAGUGACUGAGGACACCAACUUCCGAGGCUUCAUCCUCCCCAAGGGUACGACCGUAUUUCCCCUCCUUACUUCUGCACUAGCAGACCCGGAGUACUGGAAAGCACCUUAUGACUUUAAUCCGGAAAAUUUCCUGGAUGAGAAUGGGAAAUUCUGCCCACAGGAAGCUCUGAUUCCUUUCUCCACAGGGAAGAGGAUCUGCCCAGGGGAGAGUUUGGCCCGGAUGGAAAUCUUCCUCUUUCUCACUGCUUUGCUCCAGAAGUUCUCGUUCAAACCUGAAAACCCCACAGACACGUUCAACCUGGAUGUGCUCCGACGCACCUUCCGAAAACAAGGGCUUACCUACAAUCUGAGAGCCAUUCCCAGGACAAAGAAGAUAAAUGGACAUACAAGGCAAUGACA